UAAGGUGAUCUCCGCCCUUGAUUGUGGAAACUCUCGCUGUGUGGGCAGCAGUUAGGUGAGAAAACCAAAGUGACAAGUUCAGAAGGAACUGAUGCUGCUUUCCAAGUGAGAAGUAGCCAAGUGACAGAUUUCCAAUGGAUGCUAUCACAUCAGAUGUCUUGGGGCAAGAAAAUGUGGCUUGGUUUACUCACGUGCUGAAAAACUGGAUUGGUUUCGGAUACCUGGGAGAAAAUGCAAGAUACGUGGUUUACAUUUUUGGACUGCUAUUAAUGCUUUUAAUACUGUCACAGGCAAUAUAUCUCUCCAUAUUUUGCGUGAUGUACAUAUGUAGCUUUCUUCUUUAUAUUUACAAGAAAAUGAAUAACAUAGUUCAAGACGCUUCUACUGAGGCAUGGGCCACACCAAGAGGGUGGCUUAAAAGCGCUUUGGAUAUACUUGGAAAGAAAUGGCAUGGUUAUGAAGUUAUUGGCAUAGAGCAUAUACCAGAAGGACCAGGGGUCAUUGUUUAUUAUCAUGGAGCUUUUGUUGUGGAUUAUAUGUUCUUUGUAGCUAGAUUACAUACACUGACUGGAAGACACAUCUACAGUAUAGCUGAUAAUGGGUUGUAUCUACUACCAGGUCUCAGACCAGUUCUUGAUAUUUUUCAUUGCCUAAAAGGCAAUAAAGAUGAAUGUGUGAAAAUUCUGAAGAAAGGCCAUUUAUUGGGGGUUGCACCUGGUGGACUUAGAGAAGGAAACUUUAGUGAUGAGAACUACAACCUGGUGUGGGGUAAACGUACAGGUUUUGCACAAGUGGCUUUACAGGCCAAAGUGCCCAUCAUUCCUAUGUUUACACAAAAUCUUCGAGAAGCAUACAGAACAUAUGGAAAAAUAUCACCACUGAAGUGGCUGUAUGAGAAGACUCGGAUGUUAAUCCUUCCCAUUUACGGAGGGUUUCCAGUCAAAUUCCGCACAUAUAUUGGAGAACCCAUCCCAUAUGAUCCAGACAUCACUGCUAAGGAGCUGGCUGAAAAGACAAAGAUUGCCCUUGAAAAUAUUCGAAACAGAUACCAAAAGAGACCAGGAAAUAUAUUAAGAGCCCUGUUAGAACGAUUUGAUAAAUAUCACAAAGAGAACUAGUCUGUCCUCUUAUGGCUUUCGAUGUUCUGGUGGAUGACUUACGCCCAUAGCUGCCAAGUUUUCCCUUUUCUCGCGAGGAAGCCUAUUCAGCAUAAUGGAAAAUCCCUUUUAAAAAGGGAUAACUUGGCAGCUAUGCUUACGCCAGGAAUGAGACAUGGUGUGUUUGUCCCUGUUGGUUCUGCUGGACCUCUUGGUGGGUUUCCUUGGUGGUAUGCUUCUGGGCAGACUUGCUGGUAUGGGACUUGGAGGCACUGUUUUACAGUGGCUCUGUUUCUUCCUGGAGGGACGAACCCAGAAGGUGGUGCUGGAUAACUCCUAUUUGAUGCCUUAGGUGUUGGCCUGUGGGGUCCCUCAAAGUUCUAUUCUGUCCCCCAUCCUAUUUAACAUGUACAUGAAACCUCUGGAGGAGGUUGUCCAGAGUUUCAGGGUUCGGUGUCACUAGUAAGUUGAUGACACCCACCCUCUGUCAUGGGUGCUGUAGUUGAGAUUCUUGCAUUGCAGGGACUUGGACUAUAUGACCCUCGGGAGUCGCUUCAAACUCUACAAUUCUCUGAUUCUCUGUUUCACCGUUCCACCUAAAUCCAAUGAAGCUGUCUCAGUUCUAAACCAGUAUCUGUCAUCAAUAAUGGACUGGAUGAGGGUGAGCAGAUUCAAAUUUAAUCCAGACAAGACACAAUCUAGGUCAGUCAGAAGGCAGAACAGGGAAUGGGGAUUCAGCCUUUGCUGGAUGGGGUGUAACACUCCCCCUGAAGACACAGGUUUGCAGUUUGGGCAUGCUCUUGGAGUCAGCCCUGAACGUGGAUGCCCAAGAGUGCAUUUGCACUGAUAAAGCUACUACACCAGCUGGACCCAUUCCUUGAGACGUCUGAUUUGGCCACAGUGACAACACGCCUUAGUUACAUCCCUUUUGAACUACUGCAACAUGCUCUACCUGGGGCUGCCUUUGAAUAGUGUUCAGAAACUUCAACUAGCUCAAAAAACUGCAGCCAGAUUGUUGACCAGGGCUGGUUAUGGGGAGCAGACAAUUCCCUUGCUAGAACAGAUCCACUGGCUGCCGCUAUGUUUCCAGGUGCAACUCAAGGUGCUGGAUAUGAACUUUAAAGCCCUAUACAGCUUUAGGUCCAAGCUAUCUGAAAGACUGUAUUCCCUCAUAUGAACCUGCCUGGAUUUUGAGAUUUUUCAGGAGAGGCUCUUAUCUUGGGCGGUGGUGGAGAGUGCCUUCUCAGUGGCUGCUCCCACACUUUGAACUCCCUUCCUAGAGAAGCCAGACUAAUUCCCUCCAUGUUGUCCUCCUGCCAGCAGGUGAAGACUUUCUCAUUCCAAUAGGCUUUGGGGAACUGACAGCUUUUAAUGAAAGGGAUGGCACCAUGCUGUUUUUAUUGCAAUUAUUGUUAUGGACUUAAUAGGUUUUUUAAAUCAAUGUUUAAUUGGUUUUUUUAAAAAAAAAAAACCUAUGGGCUUUUUGUGUGUUAUUUUAAUUUCUAAGCCACA